GCGUGUCCCACUGAAGUGAUUGUGUAUACCGAUGGGUCUGCACGGUUUAUCGGGGCAGACGAAGAUAUUCCUUUGGUAUGCGAACAGCUUGCCAUUGCUUGGGGUUUGAUUUGGGUGGUAGAGUUCGGCCCCCUCUAUGGGCUCCCGGUUACCAUGCGGUACGAUUGUAUGGCCGCCGGCCAGGGGGCUUUCGGUACUGCGCGUGCUCCGCGUGGAGGUGAGGGCCAGGCAGAUGCUUCGAUAUCUAUGUUCCUCUGCCACCUACGUCAACUCGCCGCUUCACGUGUGACACUUUCCCAUGACCACAUCAAGGCACAUGCAGGCCAUGUGGCCAAUGAGCUCUGUGAUGAGCUCGCCAAACGUGCGCGUAGGUGUGAGGCCGCCCGAAGUGGGGAUCUUCUCCCCGAUUGGCCUAAACAGCUCUUCUUCCAUCCCCUGCGUGCAUGGGCCUGGGUCCCAGUCGCCGGUACCAAGGACCUGCCAUCUCUUUUCUCGUUUGAGGCAGAGGCAUCCCGCAUGCAGACGUCGGAUUUGGUUGGACCUGAACCACCGUCGAUGGGAGCGCAGGUCGCCCGCGAAGGCUGUGGUCGGGUUGACUACGGACUGUGCUUUGUGACCUUCAAUGUGCUGACCUUGCUUGAUCCGCGUCCGGGUACUGUGAUCGCCCCUGGGACCGUUCAUCCUGGCCUCCGUGUGGUUGCUAAACGUGAAGUCAUGAAGCGCCAAUUCCAGGCCCUAGGAGCUAGCUUUGUCGGCCUGCAAGAGACACGUCUCCGCGAGGCCGCGACCUUGCCCGAUGCACAGUACUAUAUGUUUCACGCUCCGGCAGAUGAAAAUGGCCACCACGGAGUGGCCCUGUGGGUCAGCAAGGAUCUUCCUUACGCCCACUGUUUGGGCAAGCCUCUUUUCUUCCAGUCAUCACACUUCACUGUCAAUGUGGCCUCGGGCGCGGCUGUCUCCUUUUGGCAACAGUGCAAGCGGUUGGAAGCUUAA